AUGUUCGCCGCGGCGCCCUUUACGUUACUCUUCGACGGGGACCGGCGGCGCGCGCCCGACUGGGUGCAGAAGGCGUGGGGCCGGCUGACGACGCGGUGCUUCUACGAGACGACGGUCGAGGGCGCCGAGAAGCUCGCGGCGCUGGAGGGCGCGGGCGCCGUCUUCGUGUCGAACCACUGCUCCUGGCUCGACAUCUACGCGCUCUUCGAGCUCGACGCGCUGCCGCUAAAGAUCGUCGCGAAGCGGGAGAUCUUCUACAUCCCCCUCUGCGGCUGGGUCAUGCACCUCAUCGGCCAUAUCCCCCUGGACCGGAGCAAGGGCGGCGCCGGCGUGCUCGCGCGCUGCGGCGAGCUCCUCGACCGGGACCAGCCCGUCUUCUUCUUCCCCGAGGGCACGCGGAGCGCGGACGGCCGGCUCCAGGCCUUCAAGCCCGGCGCCUUCGUCCUCGCGGCGCGCAAGGACGUGCCCGUCGUGCCCAUCACGAUCCUCGGCACGGCCGCCCUCAUGCCGCCGGGCAACGAGUUCUGGCAGGGCGGCCGGCUCACAAAGGCCGGCGGCGUCACGGUCGUCGUCCACGACCCCGUCUACCCGGACCGGGCCGCGCAUGACGUCGUCCUCGACCUCUCGAGCCGCGCGCGCGCCGCCAUCGCCGGCGGCCUGCCGGAGCGCUAA